UUCACAAUCGGCAGCCGAGGAGGCCCGUUUUAGCUAUUCUCAACAACACAACACGUUAACGCAUCGCUAUAACUAGAAAUUUAGCAGUGACUGCUUUGCGCAAAGAAGAACAGUUAACACUCGAGUACCGACUUGUUGGAGCAACCAAUGGAAUAAUCCUCCAGGGCCUAUUUUGUGCAUGGCAACGACCGCGACUGGGCACGAGCACAACGUCAUCCCCACGCUCGAGGGAGCCGCCGCUCUCUCCAAGCCCGAGGGCUACCAGCAAUGGCUGCACAAUCGAAGAUUCUCCCUGAGCGGACAGUCAAGUCUAUUAUAAGCGAACUUACGACUUUAUACCUCAAACACCGCACGGCGAUAUCGCGAACCGUUUACCUAACCCUGUUUAUUUCGCUCAUAAACCGGAUACGGAGUGCUAUAAACGAACAAAAGGCAGCCUCAGUACGGCAUAGCCAGUCUAAGAAAUAUGGAGGCACAGCUGCAACCGACGACCAGAACCAAAGGCGGAAGAAGGUGGAACUGAACCGGGAGUUCUUCAAGAGUCUGUUCAGGCUCUUGAAGAUUAUCAUUCCGGGAUGGAAGAGCACCGAAGUGAGGCUGCUCAUAAGCCACAGCUUCUUUCUUGUCGUACGGACACUCCUCAGUGUAUAUGUGGCGGAUUUGGAUGGAAAGCUUGUCAGCAAUCUGGUCCGUGGGAAGGGGAAGGACUUCCUCAUUGGCAUUGUCUGGUGGAUGAUGGUUGCCGUGCCGGCGACCUUCACCAACUCUAUGUUAUCAUAUCACCAAUGUAGACUCGCGCUACAAUAUCGAAGCCGACUCACAAACCAUAUACACGACAAAUAUCUGUCAAAUAUGACUUUCUACGGGAUCUCAGCACUUGACGAUCGGAUAAAGAACGCCGACCAGUUAAUCACCGUUGAUGUUACGAAAUUUUCGAAUAGUCUGGCAGAGUUAUACUCUAAUUUGGCGAAGCCGAUAUUGGAUAUGAGCAUCUACAACUAUUCGCUAUCCCGGAGCGUUGGAGGUGAAGGCUUGUUCUUCAUGUCUCUGCUUGUCCAGUUAUCAGCCAGUGUGAUGAGAAUGCUCACGCCACCAUUCGGAAAAUACGUCGCAGAAGAAGCGCGGUUGGAGGGAGAGUUCCGCUUCCAGCACUCCCGGUUAAUAGAUUACUCGGAAGAGGUUGCUCUCUACUCCGGACAUGAAGCAGAGAAGGAUACCCUGGACAAGGGCUACUUCACGCUCAUUAAGCACGUCAAUUACAUCCUACGGCGACGAUUCUACCACGGAAUCAUGGAGGAUUACGUGCUCAAGUACGUAUGGGGCGCUUUAGGAUUGAUACUAUGCAGUGUCCCUGUGUUUGUCAAAAUUCCCGGGGCACCAGCAGCUUCAACUAUGGGUGACAGGACACAGAAUUUCGUCACCAAUAGGCGAAUGCUGCUGUCCUCCUCUGAUGCGUUUGGCCGCGUCAUGUUCUCGUACAAGGAAGUUAUGGAACUGGCAGGUUAUACCUCAAGAGUGGCAUCCCUGUUGGAUGUUAUGGAUGAUAUUCAAGCGGGCAAGUUCGAGAAAGAACUCGUCUCGUCGGCUGACACAGAGGAGAAUGCGGCAAUGCUUCGCGGGCGAGGCGAAGUCGUUGAGAGCGAAGACAUUGAGUUCAUCAACGUGCCAAUUAUUUCACCCAACGGUGACGUUCUCGUCAAAGCCCUCUCCUUUUCCCUCAAACCAGGAGACCAUCUUCUCGUCGUCGGGCCGAAUGGCUGCGGCAAAUCAUCACUCUUCCGCAUCCUUGGUGGCCUGUGGCCCGUCUACGGCGGCACGGUACGCAAGCCGCCGUUUUCCGAUAUCUUCUACAUUCCCCAGCGUCCUUAUCUCAGCCGCGGCUCCCUGCGUCAACAAGUCAUCUAUCCCGACUCUGUAAGGCAUAUGCGCGCCAAGGGUGUGACGGACGCGCACCUAUUCGAUAUCCUUAAAGUCCUCGACCUUGAGUCCCUCGUUGCCUCGUACCCAGAUGGCUGGGAUGCCGAGGCGGAAUGGCGUGAGACACUUUCUGGUGGGCUGCAACAACGCAUCGCCAUGGCGCGGUUGUACUACCAUAAGCCCAAGUACGCCAUUCUAGACGAAUGCACGUCGAGUGUAACGCUCGAGACGGAGAAGGUGAUGUAUGAGACGGCGAAAAGCCUCGGUAUCACGCUCAUGACAGUCAGUCACAGGAGGAGUCUGUGGAAAUACCACACGCGGAUUCUGCAGUUUGAUGGGCAUGGGAAGUUUGUCUUCACGAAGCUGGACGCCAAGAAAAGGCUCGAACUAGAGGAUGAGAAGGACGAGCUGGACCUGCAGCUUCGGCAGAUUCCGGAAAUCGAGAGGAGAAUCGAGGAGCUGACCGCGUAGUAGAAAGGAGGUUGGGGGUGGGGGUGAACGAAUAGUAGACAUGUAUCACAGUAGAAUAGUUAAUUG